AUGCCGAUCACACAUCGAACGUCAAAAACGACAAAAGGAUGGGUCAGGCCUAAGCAAAAGAGUAAUGGUAAUGCAGCUUGUAACUCCGACAAAACACCAGCUGCGCCGUCUCAGAGUAAUACAGGAGAAUCCACAAAAAGACAGACGAAAAAGUACAGUAGUCUACUCCUUUCGCAAGACGCAGGGCGCUGCAUGCAUGCACAUGUUGAUGUGAAGUUCGAAGCGGUCGGCACCUUUGGCUUCGAAGCUGCGAUAGAUUUGGGGCCGGCGCAGCGCCGUUGUAUCGGGGAGCAGCUAAGCAAGCAUGUCUUGAUUGUUGGCGAGUUCAAAGUGACACAUCCAUCAACAGGCGGCCCCCCUGGGGCAGCCACAGGGCCCCUGCUGAUGCAUGUGCAAGUAACUGACCCCGUAAAUAAGACACCGGUGUUCCAGCAGAGCAGCAGGGAUAAGAUUAAGACAGGUUUCACGAGCACUAAGCCGGGUGUACACAUGUUUUGCGUAAAGAACAUCUCGAAGCAACAGAUAACAGUUGACAUUCAGCUUCUAUGGGGCCCAGCAGCUAGAGACUACAGUCAGCUAGCGAAAGCAGAGCAUCUGGAUGAAGUCAUGGUGCAGCUGGUGCAGCUGCAAGACAAGCUGAAGCUGUAUCACAACAACAUUUUGUUUAUGCGAGAGAAGGAAGAGCAUAUGCGACAAGAAAACGAAGCAACGGCCAGCAGGCUUAUCUUUUAUUGCGGUAUCAACAUACUUCUCCUCGUGGCAUCAAGUGUCAUCUCCGGAUUCUUCUUCAAGAGGUUUUUCAGAUCCAAAAAAAUCAUAUGA